AUGGAUUCUAGACGAUUCCAACGCUGGCGGAUCGUCAAAAUUCCAUCAUCUCUCUUUGAGAUUGAGUUUGCGGUUCUCAUUUUGAGAAUAUGCUCUUAUACAUCUCAAUAUCUCUCCUCUCUGUCAUGUACCAUUGAAAGGAUCCGGGAUACCUCACUAGCGGAUAUUCGCUACUCGUGCGACGAAGCUGCUAACAGUCUCGCAGAAAUAUAUCUCCGUCUCAGUCCGAAGGGAAGUCUUCUUCGCGUACAGCACUUGGCCUUUGUUGGGUUAAAGGCCAAGUGUCAGGGCUUUAUGAAGGACUUCCGAGAUGCACUUCGGUCCGCGAUAGAGGUUGCUCAAAGGAUUGGGGCAGAUAAAGAUCUUUCUUCAGAUGUUCCGGAUAUGAGUGAGUUAGAGAAAGAAACUCGCCGUAGGAUAUUCUGCAAUCUUUAUAUAUGGGACAGCUAUAUAUCACGACAAUUGGACCGCAUCCCUGCUAUACCCAGUGGGAUAGAGCCGGAGAACAUGCCAAGCAUGCGCCUUGGCUCCGAUAUCAAUGACACCCAUGGCCCCGAAGAAUUCACUGAACGAAUCCUUUAG